GUUUCUUCUGUGGUAUCACUUUCCUUUCAUAUUUCUUGGUUCUGUCUUGUUAAUUUACAAAACAUCAGGUUUCUCAUUAUAAAAUACGCACUAUGCAGAAUGUACAGUAGGAUAGAUCUUUUGUCGUUAGAAAAGACUUUUUAUGUCACGAUCUUUCUCCUACUCUGGGUCUAAUAUUGACAAUUAGCCAGAUUAGAUGUAAUUUGGGCCGAACGCACGUAUUGGCUGUUUGUGCGCGCGGCGGUGUGAGGUGAGAAGGCUUCGCGCUGGUGAUUAAUUACAGCCAGGCCGCGUGACAGAGGUAGGAGCUCUCCCAGUGCUGUCUGCAGCCGACAUGGAGGGAAAUCCAGCCUGGCUAAUUGACCCGGCUUCUGUAAGGCCAUCCAUCAACCGUGGCCCGAGUGGCCCCGUAAGAAACACAUUAUUCAGAGAGAAUGAGGGAGACCAGAGAGGAAGGCAGCAGAAAAAUUGAAUGAGGGAAGUGAACAUGAACGAUUGAGCGAGAGAGAGAGAAAGAGAGAGAGAGAAAGAGCUGCGCUGCAGUAGCAUCCCACAGCAGACGGCUGAGGACUGCCGGUGUGUGUGUGUGACUGCACUGCUGAAGAGGAAGAGGAGGAGGAGGCAGAGGGUGAGCACGCUCUCAGACUCUGUAGGGCCAUAGAGGAACACACAGCAGCAGCGGCAGCGCUAGCGUUGGCCUGCAUCAGGUAGAAGUCCCCGCGCCGUCGCCCAGCAGGCCACCGCCGUAGGAUCUGGACACGCCAACACCACCCAGACCCCCACCAACGCCAUGGCACAAGCGGCCAAACACCUCCGCAAGAACAAGGAUUUAGAAGCCCAGGCAGAGCAGGAGCGCAAAGAGAAGGAGGAGGAGAGGGUCAAGAAGAGGAGCCGCUCGCGGGAUAAAAAGCGCAAGGCAGAUGCUGGCAACAGUUUUCUCCGAGCGGCCCGUUCUGGCAACCUGGACAAGGCCCUGGAACAUAUCAAAAAUGGCAUUGAUAUUAAUACAGCCAAUCAGAAUGGGCUCAACGGGCUGCAUCUGGCCUCGAAAGAAGGCCACGUCAAAAUGGUGCUGGAGCUACUCCACAAUGGGAUCAUACUGGAGACCACCACAAAGAAAGGGAACACGGCCCUGCACAUUGCAGCCUUGGCAGGGCAGGAGCAGGUGGUCACAGAGCUGGUUAACUACGGGGCCAAUGUCAACGCUCAGUCCCAGAAGGGUUUCACUCCACUCUACAUGGCUGCACAAGAAAACCAUCUAGAGGUUGUGAAGUUUCUUCUGGAGAACGGAGCCAAUCAGAGCAUUCCAACUGAGGAUGGAUUUACUCCUCUGGCCGUGGCUCUUCAGCAGGGACAUGAAAAUGUUGUAGCCCUGCUCAUCAACUAUGGCACCAAAGGGAAGGUCCGCCUCCCUGCGCUGCACAUUGCAGCACGCAACGAUGACACACGCACAGCCGCAGUGCUCCUGCAAAACGACCCCAAUCCUGAUGUACUCAGCAAGACUGGAUUCACACCCCUCCACAUUGCUGCACACUAUGAAAACUUGAACGUAGCUCAACUGCUGCUCAAUAGAGGAGCCAAUGUCAACUUCACCCCAAAGAACGGCAUCACUCCUCUGCACAUUGCAUCCAGACGGGGGAAUGUGAUCAUGGUCCGACUCCUGUUGGACAGAGGGGCACAGAUCGAUGCCAAGACCAAGGAUGAGUUGACUCCUCUGCACUGUGCAGCCAGAAAUGGUCACGUCAGGAUCAUUGAGAUCCUGCUGGACCAUGGAUCCCCCAUUCAGGCAAAGACUAAGAAUGGCCUGUCUCCAAUCCACAUGGCAGCACAGGGGGACCACAUGGACUGUGUCAAGCAGCUUCUGCAGUACAACGCAGAGAUUGAUGACAUCACACUGGACCACCUCACACCUCUGCAUGUAGCAGCACACUGCGGCCACCAUCGCAUGGCCAAAGUACUGCUGGACAAAGGGGCCAAACCCAACUCUCGGGCACUGAAUGGCUUUACUCCUUUGCAUAUUGCUUGUAAAAAGAACCACAUGCGUGUGAUGGAUCUCCUGCUUAAACACUCGGCAUCAUUAGAGGCUGUGACUGAGUCUGGCCUGACCCCCUUGCAUGUGGCAUCAUUUAUGGGUCAUCUCAACAUCGUGAAGAUUCUGCUGCAGAAAGGAGCUUCCCCCAGUGCAUCUAAUGUGAAAGUGGAGACUCCUCUCCAUAUGGCAUCUCGGGCAGGACACUAUGAGGUGGCAGAGUUUUUACUGCAGAAUGCAGCACCAGUGGACGCCAAGGCCAAGGAUGACCAAACACCUCUGCAUUGUGCCGCUCGGAUGGGCCACAAGGAGCUAGUGAAGCUGCUGCUGGAUCACAAAGCCAACCCAAACUCCACUACCACAGCAGGACACACACCUCUACACAUCGCUGCCCGUGAGGGUCAUGUACAGACUGUACGCAUUCUCCUGGACAUGGAUGCACAGCAGACCAAGAUGACCAAGAAAGGCUUCACUCCACUUCACGUGGCCUCCAAGUACGGCAAGGUGGAUGUUGCAGAGCUGUUGUUGGAGAGAGGAGCCAAUCCUAAUGCUGCUGGAAAGAAUGGUCUGACUCCACUGCAUGUUGCUGUACAUCACAACAACCUGGAUGUUGUUAACCUGCUUGUCAGCAAGGGAGGGUCGCCACAUAGUGCAGCCAGGAAUGGCUACACUGCCCUCCACAUAGCAUCCAAGCAGAACCAGGUGGAGGUGGCUAACAGCCUGCUGCAGUACGGAGCUUCAGCCAAUGCUGAGUCACUACAGGGAGUCACACCUCUCCACCUGGCCUCGCAGGAAGGUAGGCCCGACAUGGUCUCCCUGCUCAUCUCCAAACAGGCCAACGUCAACCUCGGCAACAAGAGUGGAUUGACCCCACUCCACCUGGUGGCACAGGAAGGACAUGUUGGUAUAGCUGAUAUCUUGGUGAAGCAAGGAGCUUCAGUCUACGCUGCCACACGGAUGGGCUACACCCCUCUUCACGUAGCGUGUCACUAUGGCAACAUCAAGAUGGUGAAGUUCCUCCUGCAGCAACAGGCCAAUGUCAACAGCAAAACACGGCUUGGUUACACUCCUCUGCACCAGGCGGCCCAGCAGGGACACACAGAUAUCGUAACACUGUUGCUGAAGCAUGGAGCUCAGCCCAAUGAGACCACUACAAAUGGUACUUCAGCCCUGGCCAUUGCUAAGAGGCUGGGCUACAUCUCUGUGAUUGACGUCCUAAAGCUUGUCACUGAGGAGACGGUUUCCAUGACCAUCACAGAGAAACAUCGCAUGAGUUUCCCAGAAACAGUGGAUGAAAUACUGGACGUGUCUGAGGAUGAAGGAAUUGCACAGCUAACAUUAGGAGAGGAGCUCUUGGGGACAGAAGGGGCCAGGUACAUGAAGAUGGAUGACAUGAAAGACCAUGAUGACGAUUUCCUCUCCCCCAAGAAAUCACUGGAGUACGAGAGAGGGCUGGGCACAGCAAAUUACUCGCCAGCCAUUCCCAGGAUCCCCCGUGUCUCUCCAGAGACCGUCAUCCUGAAAGAACACGAGGUAGAUCAGCAACACACUCCGCUUCCACUGCCGAAAGAAUAUGAUGAAGACUCACUGAUUCCCAGCAGCCCAGCGACUGAGACGUCAGACAAUGUCAGCCCAGUUGCCAGUCCCAUACACACAGGGUUCCUGGUCAGUUUUAUGGUGGAUGCUCGAGGCGGCUCAAUGCGAGGCAGCAGGCAUAACGGUCUGCGUGUCAUCAUACCUCCACGGACCUGUGCGGCCCCCACCCGCAUCACCUGCCGCCUGGUAAAGCCGCAGAAGCUGACCAGCCCCCCUCCGCUGGUUGAGGGAGAGGGGCUGGCCAGCAGAAUCAUCUCCCUCGGUCCAGCUGGCAUGCAGUUUCUGGGACCAGUGAUUGUGGAGAUCCCUCACUUUGCUGCUCUGGGUCGUGGUGACCGGGAGCUUGUGGUGCUGAGGAGUGAGAAUGGCUCCGUCUGGAAAGAGCACCGUAAUCGCUACGGCGACGAGGUGCUCGAAACGAUCCUCAACGGGAUGGAUGAGGAAUUAGAAAGUCAAGAGGAGCUUGGGAAGAAGCGAAUCCGCCGCAUCAUCUCCACCGACUUCCCCCUUUAUUUUGCUGUUGUAUCACGAGUCCAGCAAGAGAGUGACCUGAUUGGUCCAGAGGGCGGUUCAUUGACAAGUAAACUGGUGCCGAUGGUCCAGGCCUCAUUUCCUGAGACAGCAGUCACCAAACGAGUCCGUCUGGGGCUGCAGGCACAGCCAGUUCCAGAUGAGCUGGUUGCAAAGCUGUUGGGUAACCAGGCAAACUUUAGCCCUGUGGUGACUGUGGAGCCUCGGCGGCGCAAGUUUCACCGACCCAUCGGCCUGCGUAUACCCCUGCCCCCGUCCUGGAGGGAUAGCCCCCGAGACUCUGGGGAGGGCGACACCACCAGUCUGCGUCUGCUUUGCUCUGUCAUAGGAGGCACAGCCCCAGCCCAAUGGGAGGACAUUACUGGCACCACCAAGCUUGUCUAUGCUAAUGACUGUGCCAGUUUUACAACCAAUGUGUCAGCAAGAUUCUGGCUCGCAGACUGUCCUCGGACAGCCGAGGCUGUUUCCUUUGCCAACCUGCUCUACAGAGAGCUGUCAGCUGUACCCUACAUGGCCAAGUUUGUGGUGUUUGCUAAGAUGAAUGAGUUGCGCGAGGGCCGCUUGCGCUGCUACUGCAUGACUGAUGACAAGAUGGAUAAAACCCUGGAACAGCAUGAGAACUUCACAGAGGUGGCCCGCAGCAGAGACAUAGAGGUGAUGGAGGGAAUGCCGCUUCACCUGGAGUGUUCGGGGAAUCUUGUGCCAGUGAGGAAGGCCACCCAGCAGCCUCGUUGCUUCAGCUUCCAGGCCUUCAGAGAUAACCGACUUCCUGUCUCUGUUAAGGUGAGAGACAGCAGUAAAGAGCCCACUGGAUUUCUGUCCUUCCUGCGCAAGUCCACCAAGUAUGAAGACAGCCAGCAUGUGCUCUGUAACCUCAACAUUACCAUGCCUCCAUGUAUCAAGAUUAUUGGAAGUGAAGACCGGAGGCGAACUCUGACCCCGCUGGCUUUAAGAGAAAGAUACAGCGCUCUUAAUGAACCAGCCAUGGCAUCGAUGAGUGCCAUGGAGAGGACAGAGCUGAAGAUGGCUGUGAUUGCAGAACAGCUGGGAUUGAGCUGGGCUGAGUUGGCACGUGAGCUUCAGCUCAGUGUGGAUGACAUCAACAAGAUUCGCGUGGAGAAUCCAAACUCCCUGCUGGAGCAGAGCUCUGCACUGCUCAACCUGUGGGCUACCCGCGAGGGCAAAAGGGCCAAGAUGGAGAGCUUGUACACGGCUCUGAAGAGUAUUGACCGCAUGGACAUAGUUAACAUGUUGGAGGGCCAACCACCUCAGCCUGCGAGACAAGGCUCCCGUGAUCUAAGCAGACGCCGAAACAACGAGAGAGAGCACAUCUCCCCUGGUAUGACCAAUGGUUAUGGUCUCGCGCAGGACGAGCUUCUCUCACCGGCCUCCAUGCAGUACAGCCUGCCCUCCCCACUGGGCGCUGAGCCAUACUGGCAGGAAGUCUCCAGUCUGGACUGUGCACCCAUUGCCACUACAGAAGAGGACACCCUCAUGGAGAUGUCUGAUGUGCAGGUGUGGCCCUCAGGCAACAGCCCCUCCCUGGUGCCUGUGGAGGACUCCUCGCUGGAGUGCAGCAAUGCUGAUGAUUCAGAAGGUCUGCUGGGGCUGCCAUAUGGAAGUCUGGGUCGGCCGGCCAGUCAGGCCAGCGCAGCCAGUGGAGGGGGUGGGGUGCUGAGUGGCUCCAUUGAGCUGCCCGAAGACGAUUCAGAGAUGGGUGUUGACUCGCUCAGCACUGCCACGCCGGCCUCGCUUGGGGGCACCAUCGCUGGGAUCAAUCUUAACGGGCUGAACAAUGGUCAGGGGUCAGAGGCAAGUUCGGAGGUAUCAGCUGUCACUAGUACGACUGGUGGAGAUGCUGGAGGAGGAGGAGGUGGAGGAGGGACGGGCUCAGAGGAAGGGCUUUCUCUUGUUGCAGGACAGCAAAGGGUGUAUGCACGGCUGAGUGAGUCACCUGGUCUGAGCUGUGUUGCUGAUCGGAAUGGAGACAGGUCAGGUAACGGUGGAAACGGAGGUGGGGGUGGCUCUUUCCUUUCCUACCUGCAGGAACAGACAGGCCCAGGGUGGAUCCCUGUCACUGACCCUACUCAGGCCUGGGUGGGCAAUCCACCUAAACCCAGGCAGGCCAUCGACAACAUGAUGUCAUCGGUACGUAAUGCCAUGGAAGGAGACCAAUCCCAUGUGUCCCAGGAGGCCUUGCUUCAGCCUGUGAGGGACAUGGGGCACUCUGAGAUCUUACGGGGGCACUUCAGAGGUACCCAGCCAUUUGAGAAGGGUUUGGGCUUCCCACACAGGGUACCAGAGCUGAGGGCCUGGGACGACGUGCGCCUAAAGGGCCAGGUGAGGAAUUUACUUCUCCCAUGUACAAUGAGAGACAUUUUUGUCCUCUACAUCAGUCAUACAGAAACUACACAUUUUAGGGCAGGUAAAUGCUUUGCUGGGGAUAAAAGUGGGGCAAUGUGGGCCCUGGUAACAGAGCUCCUCUUCAGCUUCGUGCUGCUUGCUUUCCUGGUCAUCAGCUGUCAGAAUGUCCUCCACAUAGCCAGCGGCUCUGUGCGGUCUGUGCUCACCUACAUACAUGCUCAGCUGGACCGCGAGCUUGGUGAGGUCGAGGGAGUGGCUGAUGAAGAGGAGAAUGUCACCACAAGAGUGGUCCGCCGAAGAGUCAUCCUCAAGGGUGAUGAGGUUGAAGAUCUUCCUGGGGAGCAAGUAAGCGAGGAACAGUUCACGGACGAGCAUGGGAAUAUUGUCACAAAAAAGGUCGUACGUAAGGUUGUGCGCAGAGGCAAGGGUUCAGGUGAGGAGGGGGUUCAGGAGGUGAGCGUGGAGGGUUCACUGCAGGAUGCCAACGAGCUGGAGAUGGAUGCUGAGCAGUUCAUGAACUACGCCAUCUUGGGCCGGGACAGCAGCAAGCCCGAUACUGUGGAUGUGAAGAAAGGUGCUCAGAUAGUGAAAUGUGCCAGUCUGCGGAGAGUUAAGCAGUGAGGCAGACUGAGUGCUGCGUCCCCGCAGAGUUCUCCGCAGGAUUCAACCCCUUCACCAAAACCAUCCUACAUGGACACAUGACCAGCAGCAGCUGACAGACGGAAGAAUACACAUAAAAAGGCAGACGGACAGAAAUGAACGGCAACAGACACCGACUUAAACAACAACCACUGCGGCUAUGCCGACUAUCAGCACGCACCGGAAGGAUAUGGAUUUACUUGUAGUUUUUAUUACCUUUUUUUUUUUUUAAAAGAACCCGUGGGGAAAAAAACAUCUACUAGUAGGCUAGAAGCAUGAUUUCGUAUAAAACAAAAAAAAAAACAAACACAAACAAACAAAAAAAAACUAGCAACCAAAACGUGCUUCCUGUUAUCUGUAUCAGCAUGAGUGACUGCUGCCGCAUGGCCUGUCUUUAACUACAAACACUGAGGGAAUACAUGGGGUGGGUAAAAGGGUGGGGAGGGAUGGGGAGGAGACACUGCUGUAUGGGACAGGCAUGCAAUGUAGGGUAUGGUCAAUCACUGGCCUGUUUUCUAAACCCACAGGGAAACGUUUAUCACACUUAAGAAAAAAGGGAGACUAAAAUAACAAGAAUUACAUAAUCUCUAGGCAACAGGUUACUCCCCCUCCUCCCUGCCACACUCUUCCAGCUAAGAGCAUCACAAACUAGUUUUAAACCUGUCCCAGUGCUCUCAAAGUCCAGUAAAGCUACAAUUAUCACCCAAGGAUAUCGGUGUUGUACAUAAUAUCGUAUGCACUAAAAUGCUCUACGUGACUGUGUGUUACGUGUGUUGUUUAUGUUAUAAGAUCCCUAUGCGAUGCCACUGAUGCUGCUGUUUCAGGUACAUAAGGAACUCCUCCCUGUUUUUCUUGUUUGGUUCAUUCUGUCUGAACCUAUAUAUUAUUCUAUAUAUCUUGAGAUCUCUGUGGGUACAAGAACAUGCAAAUGUUGUGUCGCUCUGCCUGUUUUAAACGUCAGACUUUGGUGUGUCAGGUUGUUUGUUUCUUUGUGCUUUUCAUGUGCUUUUUACCCUUUGCUUUUGACAUGUUGACGUGUAGAGGGAAGACAUUAUUUACUGUACUAGGGGUUUUUGAGCUUUGGGAGGCAGGUUACUGCAGUUAACCUGCCUCCCUGACCUUCUCUGAGAGUGAUUUGCCUUGUGGAGAGGGUGGAAAUAAGAUAUACCAUGAAUGACAGAUUACCGCGAGAGAUUAACCUUCUACCAUCCCACAUCUCCGCCUUUUCUCGUCAUCAGUGUGCUGUAUCCUUGUGAGGUUUGUGUGUUGAUCAGAUGUCUGCCUGAGCCAAAAUCCCAGUACCUCUCUUCACCUUCAAUCUUACCCUUAUGGCCCUACCUCCACCUCUCACCCUCUCACCCCCUCAUCCCUCCAGUCAGCCUCUCAGAGUAGAUGUAGCAGUCCUGUCCACCUCCAGCAGGGGGCAGGAUCUCACCUCCAGCUGUUUGACCUCAUCAUGCAGUAGGCCUAUCUGAUACCUGAUAACACCACCACCCAUGAGGUGAAUUUAUAGAUCAUCUCACCACCACCGGGAGAUGUCACUUGAUGAGGGUAACGUAGCUGAAAUGCUGGUAAUUAUGUAGCACUGGUUCGACUGGGUAAAAGAUGAAGAGUCAGCUGGAGAAAAAAAAAGUGUUGCGUCGAGGGUCAAGGACGUGUUGAGCUUUGAUGUUUGUCUCCUUGGCAAUUCUUUGAAGUGUAGCAAAGACAGUCAGUCAGUCAGUCACCAAUCACUGUGAUGAGAAACUGUAAUACUGACCCGCAACUGUGAGUGUGACCCUUCCCGAAGUGUGUCUCUCGUUUUUACUUUUUUCAUGAUUUUACUGUCUUAACUGUACUUGAGAAGAAGCAAUAACUGCUUACAAAAGGAAAGGAUUGUUUGAGUGUGUGUGUGUGUGUGUGUGUGUGUGUGUGUGGGUGUGUGUGUGACAGCAAGAGCUAGAGAAAGACUUUUAGGAUCAUAGUUCAUGUUCUUCCUAAACUCGGGCUUUCAGUCUGUUUAUCACAGCUUUAGGCUACUUCUCACUCCACUCAGAAAUGAUGUCAGUACAUUAGUAUCCAACAUUUUAUCACUUUGCCGCUUUAGAAAAGAAAGCUAUUAUGUUUUAAUGUCGUUUUACAGAUUUACAGUUUUUACAGUAAGACUGGGCAAACAUUGGUAUGACUACAUACCAGCCAUCCCAUGAUCUGCAAAGUGCCCAGUGUCUGUUUUUGUUACUCAUCAGGGAAUGGAGGUGUGUUAAGUCAUAGUUUUUAAACCUUAAUGACAUUCAUAUGCACCUUGAAAGAAAUCCUACUGUAUGCACGCAUGUGUGUGUGUGUGUGUGUUUGUGUGUGUGUGUGUUGGUGUGGGUGUGAUUUUAAUAUCACAUAUUAAGUCCUGGAUAAUGGGACAUUGAAGUUGUGAUAAUAUCACAGGAAGUAAUAUUGCAAAUGGACAAAGAGCAGAGGCUCUCAGAUUAUACGUGUAACUCUAAUUCACAUAUUUUUAAAAGUUGAUUUACCUCAAUAAGCGUGCCAUCUCACAUUAUAUCAAUUAUCUACAUGCAUUUAUUUCAAACCUUAUGUUAGACAUUGAAGGCUUUAUUAUAGUAACAUUUGUAAGUCACGAAAACGUUGCAAUAAGCACCCAUACAUUAAGUUUUUGUUUAGUACGGCUUUCCAGCCAGAGAUGAUGAAUGUAAAGUCUUGGUAUACUGUAAUUCUUGUUAUAAAGUAGUCAUAUGUGUUGGCUCUGUAACUAUAGUAGAUGAUAGGGUAUACACUCUGUUGUUUCAGCUCAAUAUCUGCUGAUGAUCAUUAAACAUAUGACUUCAUUCUCAUUUCAUUACAAA